CUCUGUACCCAACCGGACAACAUUCAAGCAAGCAAAGCAGCACAUCCAUUCUUUUACGGUUAAGUUAAACAUCGCGUUUCUCUACAAAUAUUCCAAAAGUCCCGAUAUGAGAGUUUAAAAUACAGCCAAGUGUGUUAAAGUGCGUGUUGAAUGCAUUAAAAUCAUAGUUUGCACGAUAUACCUGUUGUUUUCGCCGUUUUUGAAUCGAUACAUCCAACAAGUUUGGAUAGAAACGCAGUAGCCUUGACGACGAUGCACCGAGGUUUUGUUGUUGUUCGCUUCUCUUUUUAAUGAGGAUGGCGCCCGUUUCCUCACACGUAUCGCAGUUGUACAAGGGGUGAGAUCUGACAGAGACGGAAAUAUCUAAUGUGUUCGAGUCCAAACAAUAGUACAACAUGACAACGAUAUAAUUCUAACGAAAGGAUACCAGGAAACAGAAGUUUAAAAUGUUUACGUGCUGUAUAAAAUAUUUACUAUGUGCCUUCAACUUUAUAAUAUUCCUCUCAGGGACAGCCAUAUUAGGCGUUGGUCUAUGGCUAAAAAUAGACAAAAACUCCUUUAUAGGACUACUAAAAAUAGUUCCUUAUGAUCAAGUCCAAGACUUCACAAAACCCGGCGUAAUAGAGCACCUGUCGUACCUUCUGAUGGGCAUUGGGGGUAUAAUGUUUAUCGUAUCCUUUUUAGGAUAUUGCGGAGCCAUGAGAGAGUCCCAAUGUAUGUUAACCACUUACGGGUUGCUUCUUCUCGUCAUUUUAAUUUUAGAGAUAACAGCUGGAUGCUUAGCUAUCAUAUACAAAGGCACAGCCGAGACUGAAGUUAAAAACGUCCUGAAAACAUCUUUAUCGAAAUACUACUCAAAUUCUGAAAACGGCAGUGCAGCCAACCUCGCCUGGGACGGGUUACAAAUUUCAUUGAAGUGUUGCGGUGUAGACGAUUACGCAGACUACCAGAAGAACGAGAACUGGGCCAAAGGGGAUAAAGUUAUUCCCGAAUCGUGCUGUGUGUUAAACGAAAACAAAAAACCCAAAGUGUCUACUUGUACCUCCUCCCCGAACGAAGCUAAUUCGUAUUUGGCGAAGGGUUGCUACAAGGAAGUUAUAAACUGGAUAAUGACUAAUCUCAACAUGGUUAUUAUAGUUUUAGUUGUGUUCGGAGUUGUGGAAAUUUUAGGGGUGUUACUGUCGUUUUGUUUGGUUAAUUUUAUAAACAAAAGCAAUCGAUUCAAUUACUAAGCACGUAACGACCGAACAAGUGAAAGUUUAGAAGGAAAUAACACUUUAUAUUGUAAUUUUGACUGCUUGUAAUUUUAAUAGCAACCAAAGAAUGUUAUUUCGUGUUAACAAAUUACAAAGACUUUAUAUUGUAAAGAAUUUUAUUUAAAUAUUUGUUUAUACAAAAUUAUACUAUAGGAUGUUCAAUAUGUUUAGUGACUAGUAUAUAAAUGUUUUUAACGUGAAAAGCGGAAUACAUUGUUCAUUAAAAGUUAGAAAUAUUACUAUAAAGUAUUCUGAAACUGAGAA